AGCCUGACUCGCUGGAAACACUCGGAUCGGCAGUUUCUCGUGAGCCGGGCUAAGUGCGGCGCGAGGUCGCACGAGCGGGUGCGACGCGAGUGCGAGGGGGGAUGGCGGGGGAUGAAAAUCUGGCGUGCCGUCCCGGCGCCAAAUCUAGCCUCACCCCCUUUCACUCGCUCACCAUAGCCACUACCCCCUUUCUUCCCUACCGCCUCACCACCGGCAGCGGUUGCGAUUUCAGAUCUGCGCUAGAGGCGGCGGCGGCGGAAGAGGCAACGGCGUUUGCGGCGGAUCUGGUGCUCCCCUUGCUCUUGGCCACCGUCUGGUUGACCUUGUCUGUGCCAUGGCUCCCCCUACGCCGUCCUCGUGUCCAAUGCUGGUAAGCAACACCCCCCCCCCUUUGUUAGCUCGGUGGUUAGGCCGUUAGGCUAGGUGUAGGAUCGAUUUCUCACUGAACGAACAGUCGAUGUCGACUAGGUUAUGAACGCACGGAUGAGGCUGAUAAUUCAGGCAGCAUCACCGAUUAGUGUGAUUCAGGCAUGGGUCAUGUUCAUGCACUAGAGAGUUGUUCGUCGUGCUGGGAGACCUUUGAUCCACUGUUGUCCAUUGUUUGUCCGGGAGGAGGAGAUGAUCCAAAAUCUGAACUACAUCUACAACUGCAAUGACGUCGAGGCUCUGUGGAUGCUUCGAAUGAAAAGAGCACCAUUUGCCAGGCUUGUCGAGACCUUCAGGAGCAGGGGGCUGCUACAAGAUAACAUCAACACCAGUGUUGAAGAGCAAGUGGACAUGUUCCUCCAUGUUGUUGGCCAUAACCAGAGGUUCAGGGUCAUUCACAGCACGUUUAGAAGAUCAAAGGAGACCAUCUCUAGGUACUUCAAGCAGGUGUUUUUUACUAUUGGGGAGCUUAGAGAAGAGAUGACCAGGAGACCAUCUGGUCAGACUCCAUCCAAGAUUCGCGGAAGCCCAAGAUGGUAUCCAUACUUUAAGAUUGCAUUGGUGCAAUUGAUGGUACUCAUGUCACUGCCAGAGUUCCUAGGUCACUGUCUACAGCAUACAGGGGGAGGAAACACUACACAAGCCAGAAUGUGCUUGCUGCUGUUGACUUUGAUCUGAAGUUCACAUAUGUGCUGGCUGGCUGGGAGGGGUCAGCGCAUGAUGCUAAUAUUCUCAGUGACAACAUGAGUCGACCUGAUGGGAUCAACAUCCCCGACGACAAGUUCUACCUUGGAGAUGCUGGCUAUGCAUGUCAGCAGAGUAUUCUUCCACCCUUCAGGAAAACCAGGUACCAUCUCAACGAGUUCUCUGGUAGGAACUAUCCUAGGACUGCACAUGAGUUGUUUAAUCUCAGACACUCCAACCUUAGAGUAACUGUUGAGAGGGCGUUUGGAGCUUUAAAGAAUAGGUUUAAGAUCCUGGAUCAGAAGCCAUUCCACCCAUACUCCACUCAGGUUAAGCUAGUUCUUACUUGUUGCAUUCUGCAUAACUGGAUCCUCUAGUGGGGCUUUGAUGAACACGUGCCUGAGGAGGAAGAGGUCAAGCCUGGCGAUGUUGUUAGCCCCGACCAUGGUGUGGAGACAUUUGACAAUGACGCUUGGAAGAACAAAAUGUUGGAGUGGACAGAGGCAAUGUGGCUUAACAAAGGUCAGUGCAUGAUUUGAAGAAGAAGAAGAAGAAGAAGAAGAAGAAGAAGAAGAAGAAGAAGAAGCAGUAGUAGCAGAAGCAGAAGCAGAAGAAGAGGGAGAGGAAGAGGAAGAUCUGGUAGCAGCAACACCGAUGAACUAUCCCCUAUUUAGCCAAUGGCUCUUAAUAAUUUGAACUGUCAUCUGAUAGUAACUAGGAUGAACUGUCAUUUGUUUAACUAGCUGGCACUACAUGUUCAGAUUGUGUGUGGUAAGCUCACCACUAGUUAGAAAUAGUGAC